CGGGUGCCGCUUCGCGUUCGCGCCGGCCCGGGCCGAGGCCGCGGCGCUGGGUCCCUCCCCGGGCUGGAAGCGGAACGGCGGCGGGUGCGGACCGGGCUUUCCGAGGAGCAGCCGCCUUUUCCCCGCGUGCGGGCAGAGCGCUGUCCCCCGCGGACAACGCCGCGGCUGCUGGGGCAGCGGCCCCUUCCCCGCCAUGGUGAACGAGAGGCACGAUGGCAACCUGCUGGUGCACCUGGGAGCCAAACUGCAGGCCUCUCCGAAGGAGCUGCUGCGUCAGCGGCGAGGCCACGAUGGCCAAGCCGAGUACCUGAUCCAGUGGAGCGUCGUCAGCUUGGAGGAGAGAGCGGCGGGAGGCGGCGGCGCCUCCUCCUCCUCCUCCGCAGAGACCAAGCCGGAGAGCAUCUCGCUGUGGAUGUCGGCGGAGGAGGUGUGCGCCAGCUGCCCGGCGCUGCUGGGCACGGGGGAGCCGGCGGGGCAGUGGGGGAAGGAGGAGAAGGCGGCCGUCCCGCCGGCGGAAGCGUCGCUGCUGGAGAUGAAGGCCGACGUCGGGAGCCUGGUGCGGCGAGCCGGGCGGCAGCUGGCCGAGCCCGGGGCGCCCGAGGCCUCCGUCCUCAACACCGUGCACGUGCUGAGCGCCUACGCCAGCAUCGGCUCGCUGGCGGGCGCCUUCAAGGAGACGGGAGCCCUGGACUUGCUGAUGAAGAUGCUGUGCCAUGAGGAGAAGCAAAUCCGCCGCAGCGCCGGCAAGAUGCUGCGGGCCCUGGCCUCGCACGAUGCAGGGAGCCGGGCCUAUGUCCUGCUGUCCCUGAGCCAGCAGGAUGGCAUUGAGCAGCACAUGGACUUUGACAGUCGCUACACCUUGCUGGAGCUGUUUGCUGAGACAAUAUCCUCUGAAGAGCAUUGCAUGUCCUUUGAGGGGAUUCACCUUCCCCAGAUCCCUGGGAAGCUGCUGUUCAUCCUGGUGAAGCGCUACCUGUGCGUCACGUCUCUCCUGGACCAGCUGAACGGUGGCGUGGAGCAGGGAGGGGAGCAGCCGGCCCGCGCCGUGCCCGGCCCGCUCCUUGCCGAGAGCAGCCGCCUGAGGCAGGAGUUUGAGUUCAGCAUGGCCAUGGCCAACCUCAUCUUGGAGCUGGUGCACGUGAUGGGCUGGGAGCACAGUGACGGGCUGGAGCCGCUGCCCCAGCAGGAGCCGCGGCCUCGCGCUGCCCAUUCCAUCUUCCAGCCCAAGCCCCUGGUCUGUGCUACUGCCCAGGUGCCUGUGCUCUCUUCACAUCAUGGUCCCCACAAAAAGCAGGGUGGUGCCCUCCUGGUCCCCUUGUCAGACGGUGGUGGCUGCGUGGAGCAGGGGCGGGCAGAGCCGGCGCGUGGCAUGCGGGUGCGCUUGCUGGAGGACUACGGUGACAUCCGAGCUGGGGAGGAGGGCGAGUUCCUGCAGAGCCCGAGCAGCGUGCACACAGUGAAGGUUUUAUGGCAAUCAGGUCAGACCUCCUGGGUGCAUUGGCACAUGUUGGAGAUCAUUGGCUCUGGAGGCCAGUGGGAAGAUCCUGCUGCUCAGGAAAAAGAACAGAGUCCAUCAGAAAGCUUUAAGGUAGACACAGCGGUGCGGCCGUUUCCCUGCCAGCCCUUUGGGGGGCUGUACUCUCUGCCUUACCUGGGGGAGCAGCCGAGCCAGGCCGCAGAGGCCCUGAGCCGCGCCGAGUGGUGGGAGCUGCUCUUCUUCGUGAAGAAGCUGGAAGGGCAGGAGCAGAAAGAGAUCGUCCACCUGAUCCAGCAGGAGCAGGGAGAGCAGCUGCCGGAGGCGGACGAAGAAGCCCUGAUCCGGCUGUCGGUGCCCGCGGAGCUGGCCCGGAAGGUGCUGCAGGUCCUGGAGACGCGGUGCCAGGGCAGCGUCCGGCGCGACCUGCGCGGUUCCCGCGUCUACAGCAAAUACCUGCUGGGCGGCGGGGCCGAGCGGGGCGGCGGGGGCAGCGCGGCCGUGCCCUCGGAGCGCGCGGGCUGCGGGAGCACCGGCCCCAUGGCUGCGCCGGCCCGGGCGGCCACCGACGUCCUUCCUGUGGGCGCGGAGCCGCCCCAGGGCCCUGCCGCGGCGGCCGAGUCGGAUGCCUGGCUGUUCCACGAGCUCCUGGCGAGGGAAGGGCUGUUCUUCCCGGAGGUGACGGAGGAGCGGGUCAGGGCGCUGGGCAGCUGCGAGGGGCUGGGCGAGAGAGGCUCGCUGGCCAGGAUGGCGGCCGUGGUGGAUGUGAUCCAGAGCGGCAGCGCCGAGCUGGGGCUACGCGUGGCCGGGCUCCGGCACAUCACGAAGGUCCUGGAGGAGGAGCCUGAGCCCAAGCAGCAAGUUGGCAAAGCCCCGAGCGGGCCGGGGAGCAAAAGUGUCGGGGAGAAGCUGGUGAAGGCGACGGUGGAGCUGCUGAGCAGCGAGGUGGCGGAGAAGGCGCUGGUGGCGGUGACGCUGCGGCUGCUGGCCGUGCUGCUGGCCAAGCACGACUGGCGCGUGCCGUUCGCCACGGAGGGAGGCGUGCGGGCUGUGCUGGCCCGCAUGCGGCAGCACGCCUCCUCUGCCCUGGUGCAGCAGGCCGGGCUGGCGGCCCUGAAGGUGCUGGUGGGAGCGGCGGCCGGCGACGCGGGAGGCGCCGGCGGGAAGCCCCUGUCUCGUGCCGACGCGCAGGUGAUGCGGGAGAUCUUCGCCAGCAUUGGUUCUGCCUCCCACGAGGGCUCCUCGAGCCUGCUGAGUGCCAUCCCCGCCGCCGUGAGCACCAUGCGGAGGGUGCCAGGGGGCUCCUCGGGCGUGCAGAACGGUUUGCUGGUGGUGAACAUGCUGAUGGAUGGGCACCGGGGCCUGGCCGAGCAGCUGGUGAGCUGCGACCUGCCCAGCGUGCUGCGGAGCUGCUGGCGGGACGGGCAGGGCCCCGGCUGCCCCCACAUGACGCUGGCCCUCGGCGCCUUCAACCGCCUCGCUGAGCACCAGCUGCCCCUGGGCCCGGGGCCGACAGGUAGCGCGUGGCCCGUGCCCCCACCGUGCCACGGCCCCGCGGGCAGCAGGGCCGGACUCCGCGCCGGCACCGCUGCGGCACCUCUCCCUGUCGUGGCAGGCGCAGAGGCCGCGCUGGAGCCCGGGGACGUGCGGGCGCUCCUGGGCAGCCUGGGCGACGGCGACUGCUCCAAGGAUGUGGUGGUGGCCCUGGAGCGGCAGCUCUGCGCCCAAGGCCCCGCCGCCUGUGACGCGGUGGCCCAGCUGCUGCGGGACCAGAGGUGCUUCAGGCCGCUGCUGCGCAGCUUCAGGCUGCUGGAGGCAGAGAAGGCCGUGAGCCUGAGCAUCCUCAGGAUCCUGAACAAGUGCCUGGACGGUUACCAGGAGGACGUGCUGCCCUGGCACGAGUGCGUGGAGCCCUGUUUGUCCUCCCUGAGCACCCACAGCAGCGACCGGGAGGUGCUGCAAGAGGUCGUCGGCUUCCUGCACCGCCUGGCCACAGCCAGCAAGGACUGUGCGGUGGCCAUGUGCCGGGCGGGCACCCGCGAGGCCGUGUCCAAGGCCCUGGAGAAGCAGCACGUGGCCCCGGCGCUGGCACCGGCCCUGCUCGACCUGCUGAGCGACUGCGAGAAGGUCGGUGGCCUCUACCAGCAGCUGACGGCGAGCAUCCUGGCGGGCUGCAUCCAGCUGGUGCUGGGGCAGAUCGAGGAGCACCGCCGGAGCCACCAGCCCAUCAGCAUCCCCUUCUUCGACGUCUUCCUGCGCAACCUGUGCCGAGGCUCCAGCGUGGAAGUGAAGGAGGACAAGUGCUGGGAGAAGCUGCAGGUCUCCUCCAACCCACACCGGGCCGGCAAGCUGACGGACAGGAACCCCAAGACCUACUGGGAGUCCAACGGCAGCACCGGCUCCCACUUCAUCACCGUGCACAUGCAGCGCGGCGUGGUGGUCAGGGAGAUGAGCAUGCUGGUGGCCAGCGAGGACUCCAGCUACAUGCCGGCCCACGUGGUGGUGCUGGGGGGAGACGGCCCGGCUGCCAUCAGAACGGAGCUCAACACGGUGACCGUCCUGCCCUCGGACAGCAGAGUGAUCCUGCUGGAGAACAUGACCCGCUUCUGGCCCGUCAUCCAGAUCCGGGUGAAGCGCUGCCAGCAGGGCGGCAUCGACACGCGCGUGCGCGGCAUCGAGGUGCUGGGCCCCAAGCCCACCUUCUGGCCCAUCUUCAAGGAGCAGCUGUGUCGGCGCACGUUCCUGUCCUGCAGCGCCCGGGCUCACGCCUGGUGCCACGAGAUCGGCCGGGACCGGGGGCGGCUGCUGCAGCUCUUUGGCAGGCUGAACCGGGCGCUGCGGCACGAGCAGGGCUUCGCCGACCGCUUCCUGCCCGACGAUGAGGCGGCCCGGGCCUUGGGCAGGACGUGCUGGGAGGCGCUGGUGACUCCCUUGGUGCAGAGCAUCACUAGCCCAGGUACCUCGUGCUCGCCCGGGCCGUCCAUGCCAUGGCCCAAGCCAAGGCCGCCUGCUCUGAGUCUGGGCGUCCCCGCAGACACCCACGGCGUCAGCCCCCUGGCCUGGCUGCUGAGCGAGUACCUGGAGAGCGAGGAGCCGCCCCCAAGCCCCACGAGCCACGGGGCCAUCUUCAGCAGCCGCGUGCGGCGCCUGACGCAGCUCCUGGUGCACGUGGACCCCGGCGUCCCGGGGCCGGAGGAGGCGAGAGCAGCCGGCGGGAAGGAGGGAAAGAGCCCGGAGGUGCCGGCCAAGGCAGCGAAGGCGGCGGCACAGCGGAGCGGCGUGUGGGGCAUCGCGCGGUGCUGGCGCGGGGUGGUGCAGCAGCAGGUGCGGCGGUUCCUGGAGGCGGCGGGGCGGGCGCCCGAGCUGGUGGAGCGAUACUGCGGGCUGUACCGGCGCCUGCGCCGUGCCACCGAGCAGCUCUUUGGGCAGCGGGCGGCCUUCCUGCUGGCCCUGGGCCAGGGCUUCGCCGCGGCUCUGCUGCAGCUGCCCUUCCCUACGGCCCUGCAUGUGAGCGAGCGGUUUGCCCGGUACCUGGACGGGCAGAUCCAGGAGCUCCACGGGGCCGCGGGCGGCGCGGAGCGGCUGCAGCAGAUCCUGGAGCCCUUCGUCGUGUUCAGCGGCCUGGAGCUCGCCCACAGCUUCGAGCACUUCUACCGGCACUACCUGGGGGACCGGCUGCUGGCGCGAGGGCCGUCGUGGCUGGAAGGAGCCGUGGUGGAGCAGCUGGGGCCGUGCUUCCCCGGCCGCUUUCCCCAAGGGAUGCUGAGUGACUUGGCCGAGUCAGAGGAGCUGCAGCGGCGGUUUGAGCUCUUCCAGCUGCAGGAGCGGGACAGGCGGCUGCUGGAGCCGGGCCCGGGCCCCAAGGAGGCGCCAGGGCCGGGCUGUGCGGCCGUGCCGGAGGUGAAGGUGCUGGCGCUGUCCCCGCGCUGCUGGCCCGUCGCGCCGCUCUGCUACAUGGACGAGCCCGGCAGGUUGUUCCCGGCAGCGCUGAGCUCCCCCCUGCACGAGUUUUCCGCCUUCUGCGGGCGCGGUCGGAGCCCGCCGGGCUGGGAGGGCUCGAAGCCGCGGCGGCUGCAGUGGACGUGGCUGGGCUGGGCCGAGCUGUGCUUCGGUGACUGCGUCCUGCACGUGUCCACGCUGCAGAUGUACAUCCUGCUGCGCUUCAACGGUGCCGAGGAGGUGGCCGUGGAUGCCCUGCUGCAGGCCACGGGGCUCCCUGCUGAGCUGCUGGAGCAGGCGCUGGCUCCCCUCACCCACAGCGACGGUGUCCUGGUGCGGAGCUGCAGCCCAGGGGGUGUGCUGCGGCUGAACCCCACGGCCCUCGCCCGCGCCUCGGGCCGGCCCCUGAGGCUGCUGCCCCAGCAGCGGUACCUGCAGGCACAGAGGGCCGAGGGCAGCGCCCUGGAGAGGAAGAGGAACGUGCUGUGCUGCCUCAUCACCCGCAUCCUCAAGGCAGAGAAGCAGCUGCACGUGGACAACCUGGUGUUUCGGGUGAUCGCUGCCUGUCAGAAGGGUGAGCUGGGGCCGGGGCUGCAGUUCCUCAGCUUCUGCUGCCACAACGUGGACGUGCUGUCCUGCAUCCUGCACCUGCUGAGCCAGGGCUACCUCCGGCGCCAGGAGGAGAGGCCUCAGGUCUUGGAAUACGUCUCUGCCAAACCCACAACACCUGUCGGGGGCCAGGCACAGAUGGUUUUCCAGAGCCAACCCCCAGUGGCAUCUCCAGAUGAGGACAGCAUAAACUCCCUGUACGGGUUGAAUCCCAGCGUGGACAGGUCAGAGGAGUUUCUCAUGGCAAUGCUGCCAGUGCCGAUGGGGCACACGCUCAGCCCAGAGGAGGCAAAGCUGCUCAUGAACCAGACGGUAUGGCGGGUCCAGGAUACUCUGAGCAUCUCAGAUGAUGUUGCUCGGCACCUCCUCAUGCACUGCAGGUGGAACGUGGAUUUCCUGAUCCAGUGCUACGUGGAGAACCGUGAGGCCCUGCUUAUCUCCUCGGGGCUGCAAGUGCAGGAUGCUCAGUCCCCGCCGAGCCCAGGAACACACUGCCCGGUCUGUGUGAGUCAGCUGUGUCCCACUGAGAAGCCACCAACUCUCUGCUGCAUGCACUACUGCUGCAAGCCCUGUUGGAGUGAGUAUCUCACAACUCGUAUCGAACAGAACAUGGUUGUCAGCUGUACCUGUCCCAUAUCUGAGUGCCGUGCACAGCCGACUGCAGCCUUCAUCUGUUCCAUUGUCUCCUCUGAGGAUAUUAUAGCCAAGUAUGAAAAGGCCCUUCUCAGAGGCUACGUUGAGUGUUGCACCAACCUGACCUGGUGCACCAACCCUCAGGGCUGUGAUCAGAUCCUCCUUAAAGAUGGACUUGGCUAUGGGGCAGCCUGUUCCAAGUGCUCCUGGAUAUCCUGCUUCCACUGCAACUUCCCAGAGGCCCAUUACCCUGCUAGCUGCAGCCACAUGUCUCAGUGGGUGGAUGAUGAUGGGUACUACGAGGGAAUGACAAGUGAAGCCCAAAGCAAACAUCUGGCUAAACUCAUUUCGAAGCACUGCCCAAGCUGCCAAGCUCAGAUAGAGAAAAAUGAGGGAUGCCUGCAUAUGACGUGUGCAAAGUGCAAUCAUGGCUUCUGCUGGCGUUGCCUCAAGCCCUGGAGGCCGACACAUACGGACUAUUACAACUGCUCUGCUAUGGUGAGUAAAGCAGCUUGGCAGGAGAAGCGCUUUCGGGAUUACAAUGAGAGAUGCACCUUUCACCAUCAUGCCAGGGAAUUUGCCAUGAACCUGAGGAACAGGGUUUCUUCCAUCAGUGAGAUGCCAGAAGUUAGGACUUUGACCUUUGUUCUUGAUGCCUGCAAAGUGCUAGAACAGGCACGGAAGGUGCUGGCCUACUCCUGUGUGUACAGCUACUAUAACCAGGACAUGGACAGCAUGGAUAUUGUGGAGCAGCAGACCGAGAGCCUGGAGCUGCACACUAACGCUCUGCAGAUCCUUCUGGAGGAAACCCUGAUGCAGUACCAAGACCUGGCCUCUUCUCUUCGGCUGCUCAAAGCAGAGCAUUUCAGUGCUGGUCUGGAGCUGGUGCGUCGCAUCAAGGAGCGUCUCUUUGCAAUCCUCUGGCACUCCACACAGCAGGAUUUCAAUGUUGGGCUCCAGACUUUGGCAGAUCCUGAUCAGAGAAAAGAAAAACUCUCCAAUGUGCCUACUUCAGCCCCUGCCUGUACAGGGACCAAACAUAGCGUCCUGUGUGACUCCUCCAACACAGAUGAAGGUGGCGAAGAGGUUGAAGAUGAGUAUGAGCCACGGUGGCAGGAAUACUAUGAUGAUGAUGACGACCUUGACGAAGACAACUUUCUGUUUGAUGAUGAGUCAGAUGACAACCUUGAUUGUGACUCCUACUUUGAUGAUGAUGAUGCCUAUGACUAGAGGUGGGCUGUCACCCAGCCUGGAACUCUGUGCUUUGACUAGUUUGUAUUUAGGUCUUUCUUCAAAGACAGUGAGGAGCUGUCAGGCAGAAUGAAGAGAUGUUUCCUCUGGGAGCUCCUUGCUCAGUGACUUGCCUCUAAUACGCAGAAACAUUGCUCUGGACAAAUGGGCUGUUGUACUGUGGCCACCUCUCAGAAAGGCGUCUCCUCGUCUUUCUCCCUUGUCUCCCUUUCUUCUAGUAGGUAUCUAAUUGAGUUAGAAAGUCACAGUCCAGCUGCAAAGUGAGGACUAUUUGCCACCUGUUAAAGAGUGCUUGGGCUUGCCCUCCCCAGGCCUGGACACCCCUGAGUAUGGCACAUGUCCUGGGAUGGCACUGUCUAAUCCAGCCACUGUCUAGAAACACCAUAAAGUGCCCUAUUUGCACUCAAGUUAAAGCCUCCCAUGUAGAGCUGGUGGGAUUCCCUCCAGAGCUCAAUGGAUGUGGUUUCAGUGCAUUCCUCUGGUUGAGAGGGAUGGCACUUUGUUACUGUUUGUUGGAGUUAUUUGGUUGUGUCUUCUCUGCUGUGAAGCAAGAUGGGCUGCUGUGAGAAACACAAGUUUGCUAGGGCUAUUCUUAAGUAUAUAAAUGUAUGCACACACACAUAUGAGAUAUAUAUAUAUGUAUAUGUAUGCAGAGGUUGUUCAGAUAAUAUUUUAUCUUUGCCAAAAAAUACUUUAUCUUGCAAAAAAAGAAAACCCUGAGGAACAAGGGCUGAAAAAUGUUCUAUU